AACAACCCUCUAAGCGCCAAGACUCCUCCCAUCUUUUGCUAGGGAAACACAAAGAUAUCUCAUCUGUUAUUUCUACCAGUCAAUUAUUGCCAACCUUAACAAUGUCGGGUUAUGCACAGAACGAGCGUGGCCAGGGCAUGUCUCACGCCACAGCCCCCUCUAAACUCUCCGAAGGUAUUCAGCGACAAAUGCCCAAGGGUCUUGAACAUGCUCUUCCUGAAUCUAUCCACCCCACUGAGUCUACGCCUGGCUUAUCCGGCGGCAUCUCAUAUGAGAAGGGCGGCGAGGCAUCCCUAUUACCACAAAAAGGUCAGGAAAGCUUGCCUAAAAGAGUGAAGAGAGCCAUCCCCAAUGCUAUCGAUGAUACUGGAGACAAAGGCGAUUCUAAUGAUAAGCACUGA